UCAGACAUUAUUAUCCCUGCCAUGAAAACGCUUUUAAUAACCACUCAUGCAGUUAGUUCCUGCCAAAUGAAGCAUUAUUAUCCCCUACUGUCACUUUAAGAAGCACCGAUGCAGCAGACGCAGUUUCCUCAUUUCAUCUCCGGGCUUCAUGGCUGCAGGAUGGACUCUCAUCAUCACCAUCAGCAGCAUCUUCCCUUCCUGCGGCCACCACCAGGGACUGUUCAGCGACCAUCAAGUCUGGCGGGAACCGAGGCUUUUCUGCGAUGCACAACUCCCACCUGCCGAAAUGUGCAGCUGUGAGGGCUCCUAGCGUCCUUCUCUAGAGAACCGCAGAGAGGUUGGAGGUCCCUUGCACAUCAAUGUCUCUCACUCCGAGUCGAAAGCCCUCAUCAGGUCAGCGCAGGCGCUCAGUGGGCACUAGUGGCGGCAGUGGGCGAUAUUCCAGUGAUACAUCCAGCACCCACACCUACCCUGGUCGGGGCAGGGCAGUGGAGAGCAGCCCCGCCGCCCGGACGUAUCCUAGUACACCCAGGCGUCAGGCAAAGCACACAGCCUGCAGCGACAACCAUGGGAUCAGGCCCCCCACCCCGGAGCAGUACCUUACACCUCUGCAACAGAAGGAGGUGUGUAUACGACAUCUGCGAGCCAGGCUGAGGGAGAAUGUCGAAAGACUACAACACAGGGACUGUGAAAUAGAUGAGUUGAGGAGCCAACUGUACAGGAUGCAGGAAGACUGGAUAGAAGAGGAAUGCCACCGUGUGGAGGCCCAGUUAGCCCUUAAAGAGGCACGCAAGGAGAUCCAGCACCUCCAGGAAGUGGUAGAGUCAGUGAGGUCCAACAUUGGUGCCCGUGAACAAGACCCCCACGACCACAAGCCAUACUCAGGGUUGCAGGGAGCUCGGCCAGGGGGGAAGUCUCGCUCCUGUGGCUGUUCCCCGGCCAGCACUUUGAGUCGCAGCACCACCUACACCCGACUGAGCAGCGAGGCUCUGCAGCUGGAACGCAGCUCAAACGCUCCUGAGGUAAGUGGAGCAUCUCGCCCAGCAGGACAAACCCACCUACUCCUGGAGGCAGCCCUCCUGUCAGAGCAGCUGCCAUCACAGGGCCACAUCCGAGGCCCCCUUACUGUGCCACGCUCUUCUACCUACGAAAGGCUGUGCAGUGGGGGGACUGUGCUGCCGAUCUCACACUCCUGCCACACUCUCAGUAGCAGCUGUCGGUGCACUGGACACUCCUACCUCCCCCAUCAUCACUUGUUCCUGCACUUACCUCAGGAGGAGGCCCCAGUAACAGCAGCAACUCCUGCUGUCCCUGUCACUGACCCUAUCCCCACUCCUGCUCCCGUAGCAGAGAAAAAGCCAGAGGUCCGCUCUCAGGCCUGCAGCCCGACCAUGACCUGGCUGUGUGAGGAGAGCGGUGCAGAGGAGCUGAGUGUCAUUUCUUUAGCCACAGCAGACGUCACUCCCUCGGAGACACAUCUAAUCCCAUCCUCUUUCCCUCCUGCGUCCCCUCUUGAGCAUUCAUUCAUCUUAGAGCCGCUGCCACCCGACAAACCAGAGGAGGUAAUGAGGAUGCCAGCCGAGCCCCACACUUGCCAGCCCCACCCUACAGCUCCACUGCCAGUGAGGCAGGAAGCUACAGUACUGGAGAUAGAAGAGGACAAUACAGAGGAAACUGAAGGAGCAAAUGAAGAUGGGUAUCCCCCACAGCUGUGUCACUGGAGCCGGUAUUUCCUCAUAGAUCUUUUGGCUUUGGCAAUGCCGGUGGUCCCGACCAUGGCGUGGCUGUGUCGAGGGGCACCACGGGACAUCAUGCCAGUGUAUCAUAUUGGGUCCCUGCUGAGAGGUUGCUGCGCUGUGGCCCUCCACUCGCUUCGCCGCCAGGGUGCAGGCAGGGGACGCAGGCCUACCAGCAUGAAUGGAACAACAACAAUCUGACAUUUUGUGCUCCCUCUGACAUUCAGAAAACAACCUCCCAACCUCUGCAAGCGCAGCCACAAAAAUGUGUUGGAUAUCUCCUCUUAUAAGAUUUUUAGAUUUUACAUAACGCCCUUGUGAUUUUGUGGUCAUGCCUUGCCUUAGAGAACAAAGGAUUAGUUGUACAUUAUUAAAUACUUUAAGUACUCAGAUCUAUACUUACUGCUACUGCCUGCAGUUUCAGUGGUUUUCUCUUUAUUGCAAUUUGCAUGUCACCCACAGUUUGGUUGGGUUCUCUUGCUUGAAUUAAAGAGCCCCUACCUGGAUUCAUGCGAAACAUCUGGGCUAAAAUAUUCAAUUUAUUUUAUCAAAAAAAAAAAAAAAAAAAAAUUCUGAAGUUGGAUGCUUCCCUAUUUUCAUCAUUACGUUUUAAAAAUUGUUAAUAGGAAAAAUAAUUUUUUUCUUUGGCAUCAACAUCCUAAAAAAUAAAUUACAGUCUACUACUACUACUUGAAUGACUUGUGCAGAAGCAGUUCGUAGAUUUACAGAGCACUCUGAGCAUAGGCUGCAAAAAGUGUAAGGCAUUCAUUUUGUACUUCCACACUUGAAAAUACUGAGUACGUUUCGAAGCUGUUUGGGACUUUUACCUUCAGUACUCUAGUACUCAGGUGCGGAACAGACAGAUCAUUGAUAUUUUGCCAAUAAACAAACCAUGAGAGUUUAAAACUGUACAGGCUCUUAUUUCUCUGCUCCUGAUGGGACACUAGUUUUUCAGUUACAAUCUAUCAAUGACCUGAAAAUAAAAAAUAAUAAAUAUCUGCAGUUUGGAGUUAUGACUGAGUUAAAUUGACAUAAUGGAGAUAAUCCCAAACUCUAAAUCAUGUUGAAAGAAAUACAAGGCUCUGUGCUAGAAGCACAGCCAUUUGUUGCAGUUUUGAUCUAAAAAUAAAGCCCUGAGGUGGGUGUGUGAGCAGGACAUGAAUAUGUACCAGACUUCCACUGCUCUAAAUGCACUGUCUGCUCAUGUAUUGACAGUUACAGAUUUCUAUAAACAUUACAGGAGAGAGGGAGAGAUAAUUCUUUGAGAUUUAACAUGCAGUAGUUUGUGAUCCACACAGCUGAAUGAAUGAAGGACUUGGAUGAGGAGUUCUGUUUACUGGAUUUGUGAAGAGUUGUUUUUGAUACUGUGAUAUAUUUUCAAAUUUUACAUGACACAUAAGAUCUUUGCACAGCUGCGAGUAAAGACUAACACUCGAAAAGUUAUUCUUUGUGUCAGUGUAGGUCAUAGCACUGUAUUGCAGUUUAUAAGGAUGUACAGUAUGUAUCAUAACAUCAAGUGGCCCUUUUGUGUGUCAACUGAAAUUGCUCAAUAGUAACUACAAACUAUGAUGUACAGUGUGUAUAUGGUUACCAAUGUCAGCCUUAUUAUGCAAAAAUAGCAAUGUUUUAGCUUUCAGGGAUCUUUCCAAAAAAGUUUUACUAGUUCAAUUAAUGAUUCAGCUUAAGGCAAAACAGCUGUUAGUGUAAAUUCAAACCAGUGGAAAAUAAAAAAGUGUCAUUUAUCUGUGGUUUGAGCAGUACAUAUUCUAGCGUUUGAAGUUCUCACAAUUUUCUUAUUUUCAAUUUGUUUGACUGUGGUUCCAGAGCAACUACGUUUGAUCCUUCAUGAUCAAAAAAGAAGCGCUUCUGAAUUUGUAAUUGCUCGAUGUCACUUAUCGUUCUCCAUGUACCUCUUAUUUAUCGCACAGCCUGGACUCAACACGUGAAAGACUUUUCCAUCGGCCUGUACUGUACAUGCAAAAGAAAUGAAUCAAUGACUGACUGUAGUAUAAUUGCACAAGAAACAGAAUAUUGCAAAAUGCCCUGGAUGUUUCCUCUCCUCUUGGAAAAUAAAACAUGAUUCUUAA